AUGUCGCUCUCUGUAUUUCGAAGACAAGGGCUAGGAGAAGGUCGCCCCACCACAGUCACACUUCAAUUGGCAGAAAAAUCAGUCAAGCAUCCUCGAGGUAUUAUUGAAUAUGUUUUGGUGAAGGUGGACAAAUUUAUCUUCAAUGCAUAUUUUAUAGUACUUGACAUGGAGGAAGAUGAGGAUGUUCCUAUUAUCUUAGGGAGGUCAUUUUUAGCCACUAGGCAAGCCUUGAUCGAUGUACAAAAGGGGGAAUUGAAGUUAAGGGUUCAAGGUGGGGAGGUGGUCUUCAAUGUGUUCAAGGCUUUGACUUAUCCUCGAGCAAGUGACAAUUGUUGCAGUGUGAAUGUUUUAUAUGAAGAAUGUCCAAAGGGGAAGACUAUAGAAGAUCCACUUGAGUUGAAUCUGAUAUCAAGCCCAGAAGAAUGUGAUGGUACUGAGGCCAUUGAGUAUGUGAAAUGGUUGAAUGCAACUGGGCAGAUAUACAAGAAAAAAGUAUGA